CUUGUUUAGUCUUUCCUCAUCAUCAUAGCUAGGAUGGUUGAGCUGCCUGUUGGGAAACUUGCUCUCGGUGAAAACUGAAUCAGAGCGCGGCUGCUCAGCCGAGCUCGACUGAACAGGUAUCACUCAAGAUGGAGGUUAAGAAAAAGACCUUCCUGGAGAACUUGCGGCUGAAAACGAAGUUGCCCAAUCUGAAGAAGCCCGGUAAGAAGCUCGCCAAGCGGGGGAGGAAUCUUGCCAAUCGCCGCAGUAUUUCUGUACCAGAUCUGAGGUUGGUGCCUAGUGAAACCACACAGAGCGCCUUGCUGUCCACCGACUCUGAUAACAUCUCCUUUGGCAUUUCUCCCCGUAUGAGUGACACUGAUUCUGUCGCAAGUGGCUCAGUCACCGAUGGACCCAUUUUCAGAAUGGACAGACUGAAUGACUCAUAUGCAGAAGUUACACCCAGGGUUCAUACAGUCUACGCAUCGGCAGCUAUGAACAGAAUAAGUGCACCAGCAGCUAUUAACAGAAUAAGUGCACCAGCGGAUAUACUGGCCCUUUAUGAGGACGCUGAAUGCAUGAUGAAUUUAGAGAGAAGGGGAAACACGCCUGAAGAGGCUUUGUAUGCACAGGUGAUUAAAAAAUCCAAGGGGAGUGGACAUAUAUUUGCUAUGGACCCUGUUCCUGCACCAAGAUCUGUUUUUGACAACGUACUGAACGUCUAUCCACCAAGACCAGACCGUAUAGAGAGAGGGAGUGUCUCCGGUGAAGACACCUCAGGAGAGAGACUUCUCCCAGGUUCUCUGGCUGCAGCACUGGCCAGAGCCCAUUCACUGGGAGAGCAAUCAACGCCAUACACAGACAGAAGGGCCCAACCAAUUGAACAGAGGAAGGCAUUAUCUGAAAACAGGACUCCGCCAGUAUCCAAAAGAAAAGCUAUUCCACAAAGCAUGUUUCUGAAACUAGACACUCAGGGUACUCCUUUGGAGAGUGCAGAUGGCAACUCGCUGGACUCUGCCUCUGGCACUCCCAGCGAGGAGCGAGUCAGUGGGCCCUGGGCAACGGACUCAGAGGAACUGGACCGCGAACUCUGCUCCCCCAUCCUGAGGAGACGGGUCUCCACAGAAGAGGCUCUGCUAGAGGAAACCCGGGACGAGGAGGCUCUGCGAGAAGAAACUCGGGACAAUGAGGCCCUGCAAGAAAUAGGAGAGAUGUCCAGUGAAACAUUCGAAUUCUUUGAAGAAAAUGUUCAAGACCCAACGGACAACUCUCAGGCAACAGGUUCUGAGGUGCAGGAACAUUUUUCAUUCCAGAGAUACCUCCUGAGCAUAAACCUAAAGCAGGGGAGGAACCUGGUCAUCAAACACAAGCGCUCAGGCACCAGCGAUCCAUAUGUGAAGUUCAAACUUGAAGGAAAGCAGUUCUACAAAAGCAAAGUAGUUUAUAAAAACCUGAACCCACGGUGGAACGAGUCCUUCUCUCAUGCUCUGCGAGAUCGAGAGCACCUUGUGGAAGUUCGGGUCUAUAAUAAAAAUCGGACUGCUCACGAGUUCAUGGGUUCCAGCUCUAUUUCUCUGAAAAAUCUGGAAUUGUACAAAACCUAUGAAAUGGAGUUGCAUCUUGAGGAUCCUAAAAGUAAAGAGGAUGACCUCGGAGUGGUUUUUGUUGACUUCUGCUUAAUGUUUCGAGAUGCCACCAUCAAGAGAAGCCCUAGAUGGCCACAAAGAAAGAAUAAGCAGAACCAGGCCGCAGCGUCCCAGCAGCAGGCGGAAGCACAGAGGACUCAGCCGAAGAACCAGAUGUGGAGCGGGAUGCUCAGUAUCACCUUGGUGGAGGGACAGGACCUGCCGCAGUACGGCCAUGGGGACGUUUAUGUCCGCUUUCGCCUUGGUGAUCAGAAGUACAAGAGCAAGAACCUCUGCAUUCAGGCCAAUCCCCAAUGGAGGGAACAGUUUGACUUCAAUCAGUUUGACGAUAACCAGGAACCUCUGCAGGUGGAGGUGUACUGGAAAAGAGGGAGGAAGGGUGAAGAAUCAUGGGGGAUGUUUGAGGUUGACCUAUCGAGACUCUCAUUUAAUGAGAGGCACCUCUACACUCAUGUGCUGAACCCAGGAAAGGGCAGGCUAGUGUUUCUGGUCACCCUGCGACCUUGCUGGGGAGUCUCCAUCUCUGACAUUGAAAUUGCUGCCUUGGAGAAGUCUGAUGAGAGACACAAAAUAGUGGAGAGAUUUAGCUUGAAGAACUCGUACAAAUGUGUGGGGGAGGUUGGCUUCCUGCAGGUCAAAGUUAUAAAGGCAAAUGAUCUCCCUCCAACAGACCUCAAUGGAAAAAGCAACCCCUUAUGUGUUAUUGAGCUCGGUAACAGCAAACUUCAAACUCACACAGUCUACAAGACCGUCAAUCCUGAGUGGAACAAAGCCCUUACAUUCCCAAUCAAAGACAUUCAUGAUGUGAUGGAACUGACUGUCCUUGAUGAAAAUGGAGACAAAACCCCAACCUUUUUGGGGAAAGUGGCAAUUCCUUUACUGAGUGUCCAGAAUGGGCAGGAGAUAUGUCCUUUCUUGAAGAAGGAAGACUUGGGAAGGGCAUCCAAAGGAACCAUCACACUGGUGCUGGACGUUAUCUAUAAUAAAGUCCGGGCUGGUGUCAGAACCUUCAAACCAGAGGAGACAAAAUUACUGGAGGAAAACCUGAAGUUCUCCAAAAAGGUUCUUGCCCGGAAUAUAUAUCGGGUUCGAAAAAUCAGCACAGCAGUUCUGUACACGUUACAGUACAUUAAAAGCUGUUUUCAAUGGGAGAGCACACAACGCAGUCUAAUAGCCUUUCUGAUCUUCCUCGUGACGGUGUGGCACUGGGAGCUCUUCAUGCUGCCCCUCUUCCUGCUCCUACUCAUCGGCUGGAACUACUUUCAGCUCUCUUCGGGGAAGGCCAGCUCCAACCAGGACCUGGUGAACAUGAGCAUAGGUGACGACGAAGAGGAAGAAGAGAAGGAAUCUGGAAAAAAGGGUUUGAUGGAUAAGAUCCAUAUGGUGCAGGAAGUCGUCCUGGUCGUCCAGAAUGUUUUGGACGAAAUCGCAAACAUCGGAGAGCGAUUCAAGAACAUAUUCAACUGGUCCGUCCCCUUCAUGUCCUGCCUGACCUGCUUGGUGCUGUCUGUGUCAACGGCGCUGUUGUAUUUCGUCCCACUGCGAUACAUUGUGCUGAUAUGGGGCGUUAACAAAUUUACCAAGAAGCUGCGCAACCCAUAUUCUAUUGACAAUAAUGAAAUACUGGAUUUCCUCAAGAGGGUGCCUUCUGAUGUUCAAAAGGUGCAGUACAGCAUGCUGAGAGCGCCCACCAGCCAGAGCCAGCAUCGGAGGAAAAGGUAGGCUCGGCGGACAUGCCGGAUGAAAGCCUGCUCUCCUUUUGAAUGUGGUACGCCGCGCUCUACCUGACAACAAUGCUCCAGCACUAGCAGAGCCCAUGACCCCGUGCAUCCCACCAUACCACCCUAACUCUGCCCCCCUGCUGCUGAGGGGCAGACAGCCGCACUCUGGCUUGUGUGUUUGCCACUCCCCUGACAGGGGCUGUGAACUGCAGCGGCUAGGAGGGGAGCACAUGGUGCUGUCAAUCACAAGCCUGGAGGUAAAGAAAAGAGCGCUGCCAGGCGCAGCCUUCAUCUUUGGAUACGAUUUAGAAAAGGAAUGAAAAGCGUUGGUUUUAGUUUACAUUCAACUUCCCCUGUUUUUACUUUUUUGGACUUUGGUGAAACAGAAAUUUGCCUUAAGGUUAUGGAAAAGAAACCAUGGUAAUUUUUUUAUAUCCACAUGUUAAUAUAGUUAAAGGCUCAAAAUCAUAGACGACAUAUCAUUGAUAUUUGAAUUACAGGGGAAUCAUUGUUUUGUUGCACAUAUUAGGACAGUACUGAAUUCUAUUAAACUUGUAUUGGUAAGGUUUUAUUGUAUAUAACAAUAUGCUGUAAGAUUUCUUUAUUGGAUUUCAGCAUCUAUAGAAAUGUAUUUAUAUGUGUGCGGCAACUGUAUGUGUGUUAUCUCUGGUUUGCCUUUUUUUAUAAAAGUUUGUAAGUGUUAUUUUUCCGUCAUGUUCAGCUGAUUAAUUUGACAGUUUAUUUUUUACUCAACAUCAUGUCUGCAGCAUCAAACAUUUGUAAGAAUCCUAAAUAAAGA